AUGGCCGGUAGGGCGGCGACGCUGAGCAGCGGUGAUACCGGGUUCGUGGUUGAGCUAGUGAGUGAGUGGUGUGUGGCGAUGAACCUUUUGGGAGGCCAGCGCGGCCGUUUUGGCAGUAGAUCCACGGAAGGGGACAGAAGUAUGGGAAAUGGCGAGUUGGCGGGAGCAAAGCGAGAGGGUUGUCAAGAAACUGUCCUGUAG